AUGGUCCUUACGGAUAUACUCAAACGAUGGCAGCAAUUGAAGGGAAAUAAGGCUAUACUGUGCACCGGCACCGAUGAACACGGUCUGAAAGUCCAGCAAGCUUCUGCAAAAGCGGGUAUUGACCCGAAACCGUUUUGCGACAAAGGCUCCGAGAUUUUUAAAGAACUUGCACGAAAAGCCGACGUUACGAACGAUCAUUUUGCCCGGACAACGGAUAAAGAACACAAGGAUGCCGUGGGUUAUGCUUGGUUUCUAUUGCAAGAGAAGGGUUAUAUAUAUACAUCGCAACAUGACGGUUGGUAUUCUAUCACUGACGAAGCAUUUUACCCUCAAUCUGCGGUUCAGUUGUACCUUGAUCCUCCCACGGGCAGGAAAAUCAUGACUUCGAUCGAAACUGGUAGUGAGGUGGAGUGGUCUUCUGAGAAGAACUACCAUUUUCGUCUCUCUGCUUUCCGGGACCCUCUUCUCGAGUUCUACAAAGCAAAUCCCUCUUGGAUAUCACCAGAACAUCGCAUGAAGGAGGUUGUGGAAGCCGUGGAGUCCGGCCUCGAGGAUCUAUCUAUUUCGCGUCCCUCUAGUCGUCUUACCUGGGGCAUUCGGGUCCCACAUGACGAGACCCAAACCAUCUACGUUUGGCUCGAUGCUCUUAUGAAUUAUGUCAACAAAGUAGGCUAUCCCUGGCAACCUGGCUUGGAGAGUGUCGGAGGCUGGCCUGCGGACUGCCAUGUCAUUGGUAAAGAUAUUAUGCGCUUUCACUGUGUCUACUGGCCCGCCUUUCUCAUGGCGCUCGGCCUCCCCUUACCGAAGCAGAUCCUCACUCACGGCCACUGGACGCUUGGUGGUUCAAAGAUGUCCAAAUCAACUGGCAAGGUUGUCGACCCUUUCAAUGCUCUUGAUAGAUUUGGACCGGACGUCAUGCGCUUCUAUCUAGCACAUGACGGUGGCCUUACACAGGAUGCAGAUUACGAUAACAUCCGCAUUAUCCAAAUGUAUAACAAGUUUUUAAACGAUUCUCUUGGCAAUCUAGUCUCUCGGAUUGUGCGAGGAAAACGCUGGAGCGUUCGAGGAGCCAUUGAGAGAGUCGGUGAUAAGUUAGAAGAGGGUUGUCAAGAAGGUCCGGGCUCACGGUUCUACAAGAAUACAUUGUGCUCGAUGGCAACCGACGUUGAAGCGGCGAUAGAGUCAUAUGAUCCGCGCAAGGCAGUUCGCCUCCUAGCAGAGUUUGUACGCGGUACAAACCAAUUCCUUCAGAUGUCGGCGCCGUGGAGCAAAAUCUUGCCCUAUGCCUCAGGCAAUCCUGGCGAAGAAGUCGACAAGAUCAUUUUCCUCGCCUCCGAGGGUAUCCGCAUCUCUGGUAUUCUGCUGCAGCCAUACAUGCCCAAUAAAGCAAAACACCUGCUUGAUAUGCUGGGCGUCGACGACUCGCGUAGAACGUUCGAGUAUUGUCGGCCUGGGUGCGACAUGGAAUACGGGACGCCUAUGGUUGACUUAGGUACCUCGUAUCAGGGUGUGCUCUUUCCACCAUUGGCGAGCGAAGAGUAG